UAAAUCGCUGCCUGUUGUGUAAGGUGGGAAUGUCUGAGGUGGCCAUGUUCUCCACCCAGCAGCACUGGGCAGUCCGCAGCCGCUUCCCCUGCAGGCCACUGGGACUGGAAGUGAGCUGUUCCCUGUCGUUUGUGGGCGUGGGGCUGGGAGGGUUCGCGGUCCUGGCUGUGCUGGUUCUGUCCGCCUGUCUGUGCCGGCUCCAUCGGAGAGUGAGGAAGCUGGAGAGGAACUGGGCCCAGCACCCCGAGCAGGAGCUCCACUAUGCCUCCCUCCAAGGGCUGGCCACCGCUGAGAGGGAACCCUGCAAGGAGGACCCGAGCACCGACUACGCCAGCGUCAUCAACCACGGAUCCUCCUGACACCCUCCCACGCCUCCCUCUGUCCAGGCUGCGGGUCGGGGCUGCGGGCUGGU